AUCUCGACCCUGACUGCACUUGCAAGAGGAAGAAGAAGAAGAAGAAGAAGAAAUGGUGCUUGAAGCGAUAAAAUACACAUCUGGCGACCUGCAGAUCCUUGAUCAGCUGCGUCUGCCCCACGAAUCCGUCUACAUCAGCGUGCGCACCUCCGAAGACGCCUACCAUGCGAUCAAGACCAUGACCGUCCGCGGCGCUCCCGCCAUCGCCAUCGUUGCCGCGCUCGCGCUCGCUGUCGAGCUGCUCGAGCUGCCGGAAGGAGAUCCAAGCACGGCGAGCACCGAGGCCGCGCGGUCCUUUAUCGCCGACAAACUGCACUACCUCGUCACGUCGCGGCCGACGGCUGUCAACCUGUCGGACGCGGCAAGGAAACUGGAAAAGUUGGUGGCCGAGACCGAGGGAGGGAGUAAAGCUGUGGUGGACGCCUAUGUCAAGGCGGCAGAGCGCAUGCUGAUUGACGACGUGAGCGAUAACAAAAACAUCGGCGAGAACGGCGUCGCAUGGGCCAGGCAGAGUUUUGGCAGCGACAAGUUCUCGAUCCUCACGAUCUGCAACACUGGAUCACUGGCUACCGCCGGAUACGGAACCGCCCUCGGAAUCAUCCGCUCCGUCCACGCAAACAACCUCCUCGAGCACGCCUACGCCCUCGAGACCAGGCCCUACAACCAGGGCUCGCGUCUGACCGCCUACGAACUCGUGCACGACAACAUCCCCGCGACUCUGAUCACAGACUCGAUGGCGAGCAUCCUGCUCAAGACGCACCCGGAGAUCAAGAUGGUCGUCGUUGGCGCGGACCGCGUCGCGCGCAACGGCGACACCGCAAACAAGAUCGGCACCUACCAGCUCGCAAUCACGGCCAAGUUCCACGGCGUCAAGGUCGUUGUCGCGGCACCGACAACGUCGAUCGACUUGCUUACGGCGUCGGGAGACGACAUCGUGAUUGAGCAGCGCAAGCCAGAGGAGAUGGUCACCAUGCGGGGGCCGGUCGUUGAUGCUGAUGGCUCGGUGAACAAGAACGAGGUUAAGACUGUGCAUAUUGCUGCACCGGGAAUCGGCGUCUGGAACCCGGCUUUUGAUUUUGCGCCGGCGAGCCUGAUUGAUGCUAUUGUUACUGAGAAGGGUGUUGCUGAGAAGGAUGCUGACGGGAAGUUCCAUCUCGACAAGUUCUUUUAAGAUUCUUUUAAGAAAGUAUAGAUGAUUGAAAUAAAUACAUUUACUUUAUCAAAAUAUCUACAAAAACGUCUAGAGCCCGAUUCAAUCCAGCGCCUUAACAGUCUCC